AUGGCGGGCAAUGGGCCAGAGAUGGCGCUGAAGGAGGGCCUCGUCAGGUUCAGGCUGCAGCAGGAGAGGAACCAGGCGGCUCUAUCCGCCCUCCCUGCUUCUUUGCUACGACCUGACGGCGACAAUCUAUGGCUUUUGUUCUUUGAAAUGCGGCCAAAAGAGACUAGCACCGCGAGGAAGUUGGCCGCCGGAGCACAGAUCAGAUUCUCCGACGACACCGCGCGGCUACAGAAGAUCAACCAAGUGAGGACGUCCGCCGUCGGAAAACAGAUCAGAGAUGUGAUCGCGCUGCUCGAGAGGACGAGGGAACCUCUCACGCUGCACCAGAUCAACGAGAAAACCUACGUCGACAUCGACGGCAACGGCGCCGUCGCCGAGAGCCUGAGGAACAACGCCAAGGUGCGCUUCGACGGCGAGUGCUACUCGUACAAGCGCACGCACGACGUCAGGGGCAAAGACGAGCUGCUCUCGCUGAUCAGAACCUUCCCCGACGGCCUCCCGGCGUCGGAGGUGGAGGACGCAUAUCCAUCCGUGCUGGAAGACCUGCAGGCCCUGAAAUCUUCAGGCGACAUCUACUUGCUGUCGGUCCAGAGAACUAAUGUUUUCUUCUGAAACUAUGGAGUUACUAUCUAAGACUACAAUCCAGUUUCAAUGGUCAAGAUUGGCUAAUCCUACAAUGAAUCUUAUUGAAGAAACCUAAGGUCGACAAAAGUGGCAUUUUAACUCUGAAAAAUUGAACAGCCAACAUACUCAGGAUGUGAAAAGCCUGGUGUAGGUUCAGUGUUAGUGAAUUCCACUGUCUACCUCGUAAGAUGGCACAAGUGACAGAAAAUACCCUGUGUAGUUUCUUCUGAGGGGUCAUUUAUUGUGUAAUUCCUUUCAACGGUUUCAGGCAAAUUAUUUUGCCCCGAGUACAAACACUGCUCUGCAAUCAGAUAGAACAUCACUACAGUUCCAAAAACAGAGAUCUAUCAAACGAACACAGGUGCCACACGUCCAAAAACCGAGACUUAGAAGUACUCACCUGUCAAAAGCUGGACGCAACAAACUGAGAUGACACCGCGAAGGGGCACCAGCAUCAUGUUAACAAGUAACAAGUUCCCCAUCUUCGCCCACCAGGACGGUUGGUCCCAGUUUGAUGUGGACUUGUGGAUGUCGA